CAAGAGUCUCUGUUUCCAUGAAAACAACCCUAAAUCAGGUCUGAAAUAUGCACACAUUUUAAGUUAACCUUAUACAGACAUCAUGUCCGUAGGGAACCUUCAUCGAAUACAAAAAGAACUGUCUCAGAUAAAAAACACCAAUGAUAAAUUGAAAAAUGUUCAAGUGGAAGAAUCAGAUUUAUUUGUAUGGAAUGGAGUGCUCUACCCUUUGAACCCACCAUACAGCAGAGGGGCUUUCAAAAUUAAAUUGAUUUUCCCAAGGGAGUAUCCCUUCAAACCACCAACACUGGAGUUUUUAACCAAAAUCUAUCAUCCCAACAUCGACGAGAAUGGAGCAGUCUGUUUGAGUAUUGUGAAUCCUGAAUUAUGGAAACCUGCAACCAAAGUGACAAACAUCAUAGAAGCCCUUAUAAGGCUUAUUGAUGAGCCAGAGCCAGAACACCCCCUUCGUCCUGACAUUGCAGAACUGUACGUCAAGGACAAGAAAAGGUUUCUGAAAAAUGCUGAGGACUUCACUAGAAAAAAUAGUGAGAAAAGAUGCCAUACGUCAAUACAAUUCCACAAUUGUUAACAUAAUAAAUCUUUCAUAGAAACACUUAUAAGUUUGGCAUUUGGAAAAUGUGAUAAGCAAUAAUUAUGUUUGAAUAAAAGUUGUCCCAACUAAGU